AUGGGUAUAGUCCAGCACUAUGUUUUCCCUCCCGCGGGAUACCUCAAGAAUCUAUAUGUCCAAGCCCCCACCAGUGUCAAGGUUGGGGUCGUUGGGUUUGGAGCCAUGUCGGCUUUUCCUCUGGGCUGCUUCAUGGGCUUCAUGGGGUUUGUAGGAUUCGCAAUUUUCAGCUUGGUUUUCCUGCUCCCAGCCUUGGGAGUCUCGCUGCUGGUUGCCUGCGGCGUCGGGUUGGUCAGCAUGGUCGCCUAUGUCGGGUACCUCAUUUCCUGUGCAGUCCUGAGUAUGACCUGGGGACAUGGUGACUUGCGCAAGGCUAAGCGACAGAUCCGGGAGGCCAAGCGGAGGGCUAAUAAGGGCGGUCGACGAGCCAACGGCUAA